AACUAAAAGAACAUUUCUUUACCAACAAACAAGCAAAAAUGGAAGGAUAGUAGUAAUAAACUGACAAAAUGAGGAAGUGGUCAAGUUUUUAGUAAUCAGACAAAAUAGCUUUCACACAAACACAAUCAAUCACUUAAUAGAUCUCAAAUUUCAUAUAAUCCUUAAAAACAUUGCCAAGUUUGUUUCUUUUUACUCCUAUUUUCUUUUUUCUCUUUUUUUCCCCAAAAUAAUUUUAUCAUCUUCAACUGUCUUUGAAUCUUCUUGCAAUAAUAAUCCUGGGUUUUAUUUCAUUUUCUCUAUAAUCUUGAAAGGUAUUUUUUUUUCAUUUUUACAAAUAUUCCACCUUUUUUUGACUGAUUCUUCAACUUGGUGGAAUCAAUUUAUAUGUAAAGAUUCCUAUAUUAUUAUAUUCAUUUGAUUUAUUUGUUUACUUACUCCAUUUAAUUUGGUAAGGUUUGUUAAGUUGUUGGGUUUUUCAUUGAAGUUUUCAACUUGUUGAAUCUCUCUACAAAAAUUUGGUAUUUAUUUUUGGGUUGAAAAAGCACUUCCUUUUUCUCUGUGUGAUUCUCUUAUCUUGGUCUUGAGGGGUUCCAAUGCCUGAGGAGGAUUUAGUUGAGGUUAAAUUCAGAUUAUAUGAUGGGUCUGAUAUGGGGCCCUUUAAGUACUCACCGGGUUCAACUGUUGCCCAACUCAAGGAAAAAAUUGUUGCGGAAUGGCCUAAAGAUAAGAAGGUUGCUCCGAAGGGUGCAAGUGAUAUCAAAAUCAUAAACGCGGGUAAGAUUUUGGAGAACAGUAAGACUGUUGGCCAAUGUCAGAUGCCCUUUGGUGAGCUUCAAAAAGCCGUUAUUACAAUGCAUGUUGUUGUUCACCCAUCUGGGGCAAAAUCAAAAACAGAAAAGAAAAUCGACGAGGCUCAAAGAAAGGGCAUCUGUUCCUGCUCGAUAUUGUGAGACUACGUAUUAUGGAAAAUAUUAUUUAGGUUGUGCGCUGUGUGCCUGUUGCUGGUUCUACACAUACCCGUAACAAGCCUAGAAAAACCAAAUAAUUCAAGGGCCGAGAAGCGUUUACUGCGUAAGUUUUGCUGGUAAUUCUGUGUAUAACAAUGCAGUCUGUCCUUGAUGUAAGUUUCAUAUCGAUUCGAAGGGAACGAAAAACCCGUAUACGAUGUAUCACUGCACUCUACUUCCAUUUAUAAUUAGUUCUAAAUUCCAGGGGUGAUUGAUUAAUUUUGGGUAUGUUCAUCAAUGUAUAGGAGGGAAAAAGUAUACUGUUAAUUCGGUUAUGAUUGUGAUUUGAAACGAAUUUCUAUGACAGCUAUUUCUUUUUCAUCAUUUUCAGUUUGUUUGUAUUAGAUUGGCCAUACUCAAGUGGUGUUUUGCUGGUUUUAGUCAGAUCAGUUUGAAAUUAACACUCAAGUGAUUACAGUUUGAAAUUAACUUAAUCAAGCCUAUAUCGUUCGGUUCGGCCCCUAUACUUCCACGUCCCACGAGCCAGUCCAGUCCCCUUGUAAACCUUUGAUCCGAGCUCUGAUUACAGUUCGAUUAAGCCAACAAAUGUUGUCAACCCCUUGAUCCUUCCCAUAAUCAAGCACAACAAUGUAAAAACCUUAGUUAUAUAAUAUUGAGGUUGACUACACGAACCAAUAGAUCAGUUUC